AUGGCUCCGAAGGCGAGAGAGAAAGCGAAGCCGGCUGCCGCCGCCGCCGCCCCCCCGGCCCCCGCGGUGGCCAUCGAAGACCUUUUCACAUCCCUCAAUCGCCAUAUCCAGCGGUCCGAAUUCGACUUAGCUGUUAAAGUCUCAGAUCAAGUUCUUUCGAUUGCGCCGGGAGAUGAGGACGCGAUUAGGUGUAAACUUGUGGCUCUGAUUAAAAAUGACAGCAUUGAUGAUGCUUUAUCUGCAAUUCAAGAGUUUUCGAAGAAAUCUUCUAUGGAUUUCAGUUUCUUCAAGGCAUACUGCUUAUAUCGGCAAAAUAAGUUGGAUGAAGCUUUGGAGUCCUUGAAAGGGCAACAAGGAAACUCUGCAACUAUGUUGUUAGAAUCACAGAUUUUAUUUCGCCUAGGGAAGAUGGAUGCAUGUGUUGAUAUCUAUCAAAAGCUUCAGAAAUUGAAGAUAGAUUCUUUAGAAAUAAAUUUUAUUGCUGGCUUGGUUUCUGCGGGGAGGGCUUCUGAAGUCCAGGGGACAAUAGAUUCUCUCAGAGUUAAACCAACAAGCAGUUUUGAACUGGCUUACAAUGUUGCCUGCUCGUUGAUAGAAAGAAACAAGUAUAAAGAUGCAGAGCAAAUGUUGCUGUCAGCUCGAAGAAUUGGCCAGGAAACAUUAAUGGAAGAGAAUUUAGCUGAUGAUGAGAUAGAAAUUGAAUUGGCACCUUUAGCUGUUCAGCUAGCAUAUGUUCAACAGGUGCUAGAAAACACUCAAGAAGCUCUUGAAUCGUAUUCCAGCAUUAUCAAGAAAAAUCUGGCAGAUGAGUCGUCACUUGCAGUGGCAAUAAGCAACCUUAUCGCAUUAAAGGGCCCGAAGGAUGCGUCUGAUGGCUUGAGAAAACUUGAUAAGCUGAUAGAGAAAGGUGAAGGACCUCUAACCUUCCAUCUUGCUCGUGGCCUUGACCUAAAGCUCUCUCAGAAGCAAAGAGAAGCAAUAUAUGUUAACCGCAUGUUAUUGCUACUUCAUUCUAAUAAGUUGGAUCAGGCCAGAGAACUUGCUUCUGCACUUCCAGGGAUGUUUCCAAAUAGUAUAAUGCCAGUGCUUCUUCAAGCUGCAGUUCAUGUAAGGGAGAACAAAGCCAAUAAAGCUGAGGAGAUACUAGGGCAGUUCGCAAAUAAGUUUCCUGACAAAUCGAAGAUCAUACUGCUUGCAAGGUCACAGAUUGCUGCGGCUGCAGGCCAUCCUCAAAUAGCAGCUGAGUCUCUGCUAAAAAUACAGGAUAUUCAACAUAAGCCUGCAACUGUUGCCACCAUUGUGUCACUCAAAGAACGUGGGGGAGAUAUUGAUGGUGCUGAUGCUGUGCUUGAUUCUGCAAUAAAGUGGUGGUCUAAUGCCAUGACUGAAGACAAUAAACUUGAUGUAAUCAUGCAAGAGGCUGCUUCAUUUAAGCUCAGACAUGGAAAGAAGGAUGAAGCUGCUCGCCUGUACGAGGAGCUUGUCAAAAGCCAUGGAAGCAUUGAAGCUCUGGUGGGUCUUAUUCAGACUGCUGCUCAUACAGAUAUUCAGAAGGCUGAAUCUUAUGAGAAGCAAUUGAAACCAUUUCCUGGUUUGAAGGGAAUCGAUGUGGAGAGCUUGGAGAAAACUUCUGGUGCAAAGAACACUGAGAAUGCCCCUGCGGCAGGGAUUCCAGACGCAUAUGAACCAAAGAAUAAGGAGAAAACAAAGAAAAAAAGGAAGAGAAAGCCAAAGUACCCAAAAGGCUUUGACCCUGCAAAUCCAGGUCCUCCACCAGAUCCAGAAAGGUGGCUGCCAAAGAGGGAGAGGUCUAGUUAUAGGCCCAAGAGAAAGGAUAAGAGAGCGGCUCAAAUCAGGGGUUCUCAGGGUGCAGUUGUUAAAGAGGCUGCCAGCAACGUUAGCUCAAAAUCAAACCAAACCACCAACUCUAAAGGAACCUCUCAGGCAAGCACAGAGCAAACCAAGCCUUCUUCGAAGUCCAGGAAGAAAUCCAGGAAUUAAUUAAGAGAAACCAAAACUUUCCCUUCACAUGCUGGAUUUUGAUUUAGGCGUCAUUCAAUGAAUGAGAUCUUGCUAUUGGCUACUGCCUUUUUUAAAUCAACUCUAGGAGAGAGCUCUGCCAAAGUCUGCACACCUUUUCUGUUGCUGGAUGAGAGAGUUCACAAUAUCCAGGUCCAGUUAUUUCGUUUUGGCUAUUAGUGCUAUGCAAUUGAGUGAACUCAUUGAAUGAGAAAAAUAGCCAGACAUGGGUUUAUUUCCUCAGUCUUUUAGUUGUGUGAUUCAACUUAUGUUCCUUGAGCUUAAGACCCCGCGGAGCAAGUGUACAAGCUUUAGAUAUUGCAUGUUGGCAUAUUACUUAUGCUUCAAAAGAAUUGUGCUUGGAAGAUGGCUCAUUGUGAUUAUGCUGCUCUAAAUGCGAUCAUCAUCUUCUCCCA